GUUUCGUCAAAGGCCAGUAAACUAGUCGCCCGGCGCGCCAGGGGUCUUCUAUGGGGUACUCCUUAUAGGUCUAUGCAAAGAAAUCGGGCCGGGGCCUGGUCGCAACUGGGAAUUGGGGGCGGUUGCCGACCGUUGCCGAUCACAUGGGGCGAGUUGGCCACCCCGCACCCCUGGGUGCUGGUGGAGGUGAAGGCCAGGGGGGCCAUGGAAGACGCAGCCGUGUCUUGUCGGCCGCCUCUACAAUGCAGCAGUUUGACUGAGGCGGAGCGGCUCGGGUUAUUUGCUGCGCACGCGGUCCUGGAGACGCUGCUGCACGCCCAUCGCGACGGCACGUGCACCACGUCACACAGCAAGCAUGCCACGGACAGCAACUGCCGCAUGCGGCUGCCUCGGAUGCUGCACUGGCUCACCACGUACCUGCACAAGCAGUCGGUGUGCGUGCACCUCAAGCGGUAUGGCCGCUACAUGGUCUCGCAUAUGGUGGCCCUGCUGCUGGCAGUGCCUUGCAAUCACACCGUCACGUUUGCGUGUGACGUGGGGCGCUGGCUGCGCACGCGCGAGCUAUGGGAUCAGCGGCACGAGGGCAUUCCGCGCCCGGACCCUGUGUGGGAGCGGCGGCCGCAGCUGCCCAGCCUUGAGCAGCUUGCCGCGGACGCAGCGGACUAUGCCCUGAAGUAUGCCACCAAGUCUGAAGCAGUGCAGGGCAGCAGGGCCCUUAUAGCCACAGCCACCAUGCUGCGGCGGCGCAUGCACCUCAUGACGCCAGAGCAGCAGGCCGGGAUUGAGAGUGAGCACCUGCCGAUCCAGGACGUGCUGGAUCAGCUACGGCAUCCCUUCGCAGCCUUUGCGGACGCCAGCGCCUCUGCCUGGGCGCCCCAGCCUCCUACUGCAGGUGUGUCAGCUGCAGGUGAGAGCAGCACGCUGGCACAGGCGCAGUUCACGGCGGAGGUGACGGCGCGCGCACAGCAGUCCGCGACUGUGGCCGCGCUGCGCACUGCGCGGCCUGUCGGCGUAGUCGGCGCGGCUGCGGUGCAACGGGAGGGGAUGUUCAACCUUGCGCACGCCAUCAACCUGUUAACAGCCCAGCAGACCUUCUCCGCUCCAGCAGCGGCGCUGCUGCUGAUGCGGGGCACCGACGCGCACGAAAGCCACCAGUUCAGGGCCAUCGAUUACAGGAUGUUCUCGCAGCAUGUGCAGUCGCAGCUGAAGCGCGCGGACCCGGAGCUCAGGCCCAGAGACACCCAGCUGCGGCUCGUGCGUACAAUGGCCAGCGUUGGAGCGGGCGGGAGUCCGAGAGGGGAAGGCCAGCUUCCGGCCGCCAGCACAAUCGCUAGCGAUGUCCCAGAUCCCGGGCCCAGCGGAAGCGUACAGCAGCAAGAGCAGCCCGCCGUCGCACCUGCUCGUUACCGGUCAUCAAGCUACCUGAAAGACUACCUGUACCGCGGCGAGGCGCUGCGCGAGCUGUCUCCUAUGAUGAUGGCCAUGUUGUUUUAUAAGCACUCGGCCGGGCCAGAUGGAGCGCAAGGGCACCAUCUGCGCCUGCAUCCCGCGCACCCAGAGUACAGUAAAUGCGUGUGGCGGCGCCGGCUGCGGCCGUACGUGCCGCAGCCGGUGUGUGACCCCGUUGUGCGGCCUGCGGACGGCGUGGACGAUCCGCAGGUGCUGGAGCGCUAUGCACUGUUUGCGCUCGCGAACUUCGCCGCCUACAGCUGUGACGACAUGCUCGAUCUCAGCAACGGCGCAUGGGCAGCUUAUCAGCGGUGCUUUGCACAGCCGGCGGACGGCCAGUCGCUGCAUGUGCGCAUCGCGUGCCGUAUGCUCGAUCACGUGGAUGGGCUUGCGCGUGUGCGAAUGCGGGCGGAGGAGCGGCGGCAGCUGCAGGCGGAGGCGGAGGGCACCGCUGAGGAUGCGGCGGAGGAGGCACUGUUGGAGGGCGUGCCGGUGGAGGGCAUGGACGACCUGGAGGCAGAGCCGCAGGAUGAUGAGGAACCCGAUGUUAGGCGUAGCGCAGCGCCCGCAGCGGAGCUCUGGCAGGGUUGUGCGCUAUCGGAGACGGAACGGGCAGGGCUGCUGCAGCGCGUUGUGCACGGCGGCCUGGGUGGCGGUCUGACUACAGAGGCGACCACCGUGGUUGCCCAGAUCCCGCGCGCCAAUGCAUGGCCAGCGGUUGGGCGUACAGCGGCGGCGGCAGUAGUGCGCAGCACACAGGAGUGGACGCACGAGCGGCUGGCUGCAGCACAGCAACGCAUGCAUGAUUACGACCUAGUAGACCUAGGUGGGCAGUACGCCGCACAGGCGCUCGCGCAGGCGCAGGGAGCAGUGCAGCAGCAGCUGCUGCUUUACAACAGCGGCACUGCGGCAGUGACAGCGAAGCUGGUGCUCAUCUCGCCAUUGGCGGUUACCACAGCCGUCCCAGAGGUGCAGGGCGUCUGGCCCGAUGCAGCGAACCCUGGUGCAGAGCCGCCGUACGUGCUUUGCCCGGAGGACUCGCAGCCGACGCCUAAAGACACAGCGCGGUUAUGGAACCUCAGCGACGACCAGCAGCAGGCGUUCAUGCUGUACGCGCAGCUCCUGCUAGCAGCGGCUGCCGGCGUCCGUCAGCCCCCCGUGUGCUCGGUGCUCACGGGCAAAGCCGGCAGCGGCAAGUCGCGGGUGCUGCAGGCAUUGCUGUGGUUUGCAUACCAGCACCGCUGCGAGUCUCUCAUUGCCCUCGUGAGCUACACGUGGCGCGCUGCGCUGCAUUUGCCACAGCCACGGCACGUGCCGCUAUAUAGCGGUGCUGCGGAGGAGAGCUUGCGGCGGCUGCUGGCGCCGGGCGCGGGGGACGGUGGGGCCAUGGAGCGCCAGAUCCGGCAGCUGGAGCAUCCGGAGGGCAGCAUGAACCUCAUGGGGCGGGAGCUGUGGAAUAUGGUGCCGUUCGCGUUCGUUCUCACUCACCAGCAUCGGCAGCAAGCAGGCGUAGCUCGUGCAGCUGCAUGCGCUCGCGCAGCGUCAGCAGCUGCUGCUGUGGCGUAGCGCGGACUUGUCGCCUGACGGGAGCAGCUUACCUAUUUCGCAUGUGCAUCAAUUAGAGGCGCUUGGCGGAGCCGACGAUGAUAGUGGUGUGCCCGCUGUGUGCGCAUUCUUUGCUGGCAUUCGUUACGUGUUUACAUCAAAUGAGCAUGUGCGUCUGUAUCACAUCAACAACAACAGUGCCACAGGCACCGGCAUUGUUCUGCAUCCCAACGAGCCACCAUUGCCAGAUGCAAGCAUUGCCCCCGUGCAUGUCCUCAAGUUCGUGCCCUCGGCUGUAAUGGUGCGCCCUGACGGGCCUGAUGCGGGUCGGGUGUCUGUCGAUCAGGCCCUGGAUGUCGGGGAGAUUCCUGUUUUACCGUGCAGUGCUAUGUUCACAUCGCAGCAUGCAACCCUGCGGUUGCCUGUGAUGCGCUGGGGCUUUCGUGUGGAGCUUGCAUAUGCAGUCACUGAUUACUUUGCGCAGGGGCAAACUCUGCCACCGCACGAACUGUGGCUGGUGGAUAUGUGCAAACCGCAGCACGGCAGUUGGCGGCGGGCUUCAAUUUACGUAAUGCUCACCAGGUUUCGUGGGUUGCAUGCGUUACAUUUAGUGCGCCCGCUGUGGGCCUCGCGGGCCGAAGAGCGCCGGCUUGAAAAGGCGCUGCGUACCAUGCUAACGCCCGAGGCAGAUCUAGCUGCGGAAUGGCAGCGGCUAUUGAGGCUCUCGCAGAGCACAGCAGUAGCGGUGCCAGGUAUGAUUGUGCGCAUUCAGGCCAGCAUGGCUGCCUCAUAACCAAGGCCUUCAAUGCAUGCAUGGUUGCAACAUCUGGCAUGUGGCGGUAAACACUGGGUUGUCCUGCGUCCCGGCCAGCAAGGAUAGCGUAGUGUUUUUAACAUGCGCGAGGUGUACUGACAGAUGACCUGGAAGCGUGGAGUACCUUGUGGGUGGUGAGUGCUGACUGCAAUUUACAGCAGUGACUUUCUUGUUGGUGUUUGGUGUGGUGACCAUCAUGCUUGGCUUCGCUGGCUGGACGUAUGUCACUGAGCUGUUUGACAGACAGGCGUAGGGCAACGUGUACGUUCGGGUUUAGUUUCUACCUGUCCUGUCUCUGCGUGAAGCCGGGGUAUUGUUUAUCUGCUUGCUUGUCGUGCGUUGGAUUGUUGCGUGUUUACAACAGGUUGAUGUGUGGCCUGGUUAAUCCCUUGCACUUUGAUGAGGUUAUUGUUAGCCAGCGGGUGUUCGCACACGCGGGUACCACCAGGCGGCUGGAUGGGGUGUACGGGAGCCCCUUCUUCCGCGGGCCUUUUCACUAUUAGCAAUAACUCGUACAAGGAUGCUGACCCGACCUAUCCGCUAUUGCCCGUGGUGAAAACUGGGCUGCCGUCCGGGGGGUGCGUUUUCCCAGCCAAACCCGCACGUUGGACGUUGCCCCGGGGCAAAUCCUACCGCACGGAUUAGACAACGCCUUUCUGUAGGUACAUAACCAACAUCAUCAUCAGCCAGAAGUGGUCGGCAAAGGUCCAAAUUAUGCUUAUCAGGGCUCAAGUCGCGAAAUUGACCGAAGCCCAUACCUCGCAUAUGCGCUGUUUGGGGCCUGAAUCUAUUGCUGUCGACAUUAAUUCUCGUAUAGAUGUAAUCAAAAUAGCUU